AUGCUGGCUUUGCGCAGCGCCCUGGUCUGCCCGAGGCCGCUGUGUCGGUCCGUGCACUCGGGAUGCCAAGCCUGGCUUUCCACCUGCAGUCCGGAUCCAAAAACCCCCCUCAAAAAACAGAGAGAUGAAGGAAGCCUCCAAGAUUUCCGCUCCAAACUGGUAGGGGGUCCAUCUCUGCAGCACUUCCUACAAUCGGCUGCUCCUACACAGGAUGCCCACCGCUUGCUAGCUGAAGUCCCGGAAGACCCCGCCCCUUACCUUGGACCCCUCACCCUGGCAGAUUCCCCAAAGAAAGUCUAUCUGGAGACCUUCGGCUGCCAGAUGAACGUCAGCGACACGGAGACAGCCUGGGCCAUCCUCCAGCGCAGCGGCUACCAAAGGACUAGAAACCUGGCAGAGGCUGACGUGGUUCUGCUUGUCACAUGUUCCGUCAGGGAGAAAGCCGAGCAGACGGUCUGGAAUCGCCUGGCGGUGUUCAAAACCCUCAAGACCAAACGGCAACGCUCCCGGGGGUCCCUGCGGAUUGGGAUCUUAGGCUGCAUGGCCGAGAGGCUGAAGGAGAAAAUUUUGGACGAGGAGAAGCUGGUCGAUAUCGUGGCCGGACCGGACGCUUACCGGGACCUGCCCCGGCUCUUGGCGGUGGCUGAAUCCGGCCAGCAGGCGGCCAACGUCCUGCUCUCUCUGGACGAGACCUACGCGGACAUUUUGCCCGUCCACCUCGGUCCUGGCGCAACCACGGCCUUCGUGUCCAUCAUGCGCGGCUGUGACAACAUGUGCAGCUACUGCAUCGUCCCCUUCACGCGGGGGCGCGAACGCAGCCGGCCCUUGGCGUCCAUUCUCCAGGAAGUGCAGAUGCUGUCGGACCAGGGUGUGAAGGAAGUGACACUUUUGGGCCAGAAUGUCAACAGUUACCGGGACACCUCCGAGGCCCAGUUCCUCUCCCUGGCAUCCCCUGAGCUCAGAGCAGGAUUCCGGACCGUCUACAAAGCCAAAAAGGGCGGCUUGCGUUUUGCAGAGCUGCUGGAGCGAGUGGCCGCCGUGGACCCAGAGAUGAGGGUCCGCUUCACUUCUCCGCACCCCAAAGACUUCCCGGAUGAGGUCUUCGAGGUCAUGCGGGAAAGGCACAAUAUCUGCAAACAGGUGCACCUUCCCGCCCAAAGCGGCAGCUCCCGUGUCCUGGAGGCCAUGAAGAGGGGGUAAGAUGUGUGCUUGUGGGUCUGUGAGUGUCUACAGCGAUUGUUACGCACCUUGAAAAAGGUCUAGCCAGGCGCAGCGCUCACCAGUGACUUCAUCACCGGCUUUUGCGGGGAGACGGAGGCCGAUCACUUGGAGACGCUGUCGCUCCUUCAUGAGGUCGGCUACAACUUCGCCUAUAUCUUUGCCUACAGCCAGCGGCAGAAAACCCGGGCCUUUCACCGCCUGCUGGACGACGUCCCCCCCGAAGUGAAGAAGCGUCGGCUGGAGGAGCUCAACGUGGCCUUCCGGGAGGGGGCUUCCCGCCUCCACGCGGCUGCCGUGGGCCAGACCCAGGUGGUCCUGGUGGAAGGGCCCAGCAAGCGCUCCCCUCUGGAGCUGUGGGGUAGGAACGACGGCGGAGCCAAAGUCAUCUUCCCGGACGUGGAGAUGAGCGACAGGACCGCGGCGGCAUCGGCCGUCCGAGCGCAGCCGGGAGAUUACGUCCUGGUGGAGAUCUCCUCGGCCUCCUCCCUGACCUUGAAGGGCGCCCCCCUCUGCCGAACCACGCUCCGAGGCAGCUCCUCAUCCCCGGCCUUGGCCUUGGCAGCCCAGGGUGCCGGGGGAGGAUUCUCCGCAGCCUCAAGACCCCGAGGAGCAGCCCAGGACUGA